GAGCGGAACACCAGUUUCACGCCAUUUUAAGACAACGGCGAGCCGUUGAGCGGCUAGUCGCUUGGUGGCAAUGUGAUCGUCGUCUUUAAAGCUAUGCCGAUUACUUAGUAGUUUUAAAAAUUUGUCAUCGCGUUAUUCUUUAAGUGUUAACACAAUUGAUAAAGACAUUUCUAACCUAGGUUACUCUUUCAGCCAUGUCGACGGAGGCAACGGCCGAACAGGCAGCAGCAGAAUAUAUCCCUGAGAAGGUGAAGAAGGCAGAGAAGAAGUUGGAAGAAAACCCAUAUGACCUUGACGCAUGGAGCAUUCUGAUUCGAGAAGCACAGAAUCAACCUAUAGACAAAGCGAGGAAGACAUAUGAGCGACUUGUCUCGCAGUUCCCAAGUUCUGGCAGAUUCUGGAAAUUAUACAUUGAAGCUGAGAUCAAGGCUAAAAACUAUGACAAAGUAGAAAAGUUGUUUCAGAGAUGCCUAAUGAAAGUGUUGCACAUUGACCUGUGGAAAUGCUACCUCUCGUAUGUUCGAGAGACCAAAGGAAAGCUUCCAAGCUACAAAGAGAAGAUGGCCCAGGCGUAUGACUUUGCCCUGGAUAAAAUUGGCAUGGAAAUUAUGUCAUAUCAGAUCUGGGUGGACUACAUCAAUUUCCUCAAAGGAGUUGAGGCUGUGGGCUCAUAUGCAGAGAACCAACGGAUCACUGCAGUACGGCGGGUGUACCAGAGAGGCUGUGUGAACCCCAUGAUCAAUAUUGAACAGCUCUGGAGAGAUUAUAGCAAAUAUGAGGAGGGUAUCAAUGUACAUUUGGCCAAAAAGAUGAUUGAAGAUCGAAGUAGAGACUACAUGAAUGCCAGGAGAGUGGCUAAGGAGUAUGAGACAGUGAUGAAGGGGCUGGACAGGAACGCACCAUCGGUACCACCCCAGAACUCCCCUCAGGAGGCACAGCAGGUGGAAAUGUGGAAGAAGUACAUUCAGUGGGAAAAAAGCAACCCACUGCGCACAGAAGACCAGACCCUCAUUACAAAAAGAGUGAUGUUUGCCUAUGAACAGUGCCUGCUGGUCCUGGGCCACCAUCCUGACAUAUGGUAUGAGGCAGCACAGUACCUGGAGCAAUCCAGCAAACUUUUGGCAGAGAAAGGGGACAUGAAUAACUCAAAGCUGUUCAGUGACGAGGCAGCUAACAUCUAUGAACGUGCCAUCGGGACUCUUCUGAAAAAGAACAUGCUUCUGUACUUUGCGUUUGCUGAUUAUGAAGAGAGUCGCAUGAAGUACGAGAAGGUCCACAGCAUCUAUAAUAAAUUGCUGGCCAUUGAGGACAUUGACCCCACACUGGUCUACAUCCAGUACAUGAAGUUUGCCAGGAGAGCGGAGGGCAUCAAAUCAGGUCGCACCAUCUUUAAAAAAGCCAGAGAGGAUCCACGCACACGUCACCACGUGUACGUCACUGCAGCACUGAUGGAAUACUACUGCAGCAAGGAUAAAUCAGUGGCCUUUAAGAUUUUUGAGCUUGGUUUGAAGAAAUAUGGUGACAUUCCAGAGUACAUACUUGCAUACAUCGAUUACCUCUCACACCUCAACGAGGAUAACAACACCAGGGUUUUGUUUGAACGUGUCCUCACCUCAGGAAGCUUAUCACCAGAAAAAUCAGGUGAGAUCUGGGCCCGGUUCCUUGCCUUUGAGAGUAAUAUAGGAGACCUGGCCAGUAUUCUGAAAGUCGAGCGCAGGCGUUUCAUGGCCUUUAAGGAUGAGUACGAGGGCAAAGAAACGGCCUUGCUUGUAGAUAGAUACAAGUUCAUGGACCUCUAUCCAUGCUCCACUAGUGAACUCAAGGCCCUUGGAUACAAGGAUGUGUCUCGUGCCAAACUGGCAGCACUUCUCCCAGAGACUGUGGUGGCACCCUCUGUGCCUGCUUUAAAGGACGAAGUUGACCGUAAACCGGAGUACCCUAAACCAGACACAAAUCAGAUGAUCCCUUUCCAGCCACGUCACCUUGCCCCUCCAGGUUUACACCCCGUCCCUGGUGGAGUUUUCCCAGUCCCCCCAGCUGCUGUUGUCCUAAUGAAGCUGCUCCCUCCGCCUACAUGCUUCACUGGUCCCUUUGUUCAAGUGGAUGAGCUCAUGGAAACUUUCAGGAGAUGCACACUUCCUGAGACUGUUGAUGCUGCUGUAGAGCUGAUCACUGGUAGGCAGCCCGAUGCAGGAGGGGAGGGCAAUGGAUCCAUGGAGAACCACACUAUUGCCAAGUCACUCAAGAGGCCUAAUGCAGACUCGGAUGAGGAGGAUGAUAAAGGAGCUAUUGCUCCACCCAUACACGACAUCUACCGCGCACGCCAACAGAAGAGGAUUCGAUAAACUAAAGAAUGUAAUCUUAACCGCUGGUCCUAUAGGAUAAAUGUACAUGUCCACAUGACAGAUUAAACAUCCGACGAUCUCGGUACAGAAGAGAAGCAUACACACACACACACACACAAGCCUACAGAAAGUCUGCACACCUGAGUGUUUUUGUGGCUUUUGUUUUGUCAACAGUUUUUAAUUUUUAAAGACUGACCAUUAUACUGUACAAAAUUUUUAAUUCAGCCUUUGAUUUUGGCACACAGCUCCGUUUUGGCCAUGUUUGUUCGAAGGAUUGCAAAGUGGAGGCAAGUUCUUUUUGUUUCUUUUUUUUUUUUAGAUAACUGGAGGAAACAAUUUCUUUCAAUAAAAGUGAGAGAAUUUAA